UAACUAUAAUAGUUAUGCAUAUGCACGAGCUUCCGAAUUUACGGUAACUCGGUUUUUAUUCGCAGUUUUCGUUGUUUGCAAAUGUUAUCCGUUCCCGUAUAAUCUGCACAUGACUGAGGUCCGAAUAGUUUUUUUCAAAAAGAUUUUAUAUCUUGUAAUUCAACAUUUUCUGCACCAACUUCAGCAUUUUCAAUUAUACUAGUUAAAUCAAUUAGCUCUAUUUCUUCAUAUUUAUUUAUAUUUUCAACGAAUAAGUUUUCCUCAUAAUUUUUAUUAAUUACAAAAACCCUAAAUCCUUUAACAAAAUUGCUACCAUUAUCAGUUGUAAUAUUUAAAUUAAAUCGGCUAACGACAAAUUGAAUACAGAAUUAUUUUUAAAAACUGAGCUUUCAUGUUCUGAAAAUGAAGUAGCUGAUAUUAAUUCAGAUAGCGAUUCUGAUUCUGGUUCAAAUAAAGAUUUGAACCAGACUUUGUCAACAAAAUUCUAUUUUUAUUAAAUAAUGACCUCAGAUCAAGAACUUUUAAAUUUCUUAAAAAAUGAAAAUGUUGAUUUAAAGAGUUUAUUUGCAUUUCCUACAGAACUAUCCAAAUUUAUUCAGUUUAAUACAAGUUUACCCUUUAGUUAUUAUUAAUUUAUUAAGUACCUAUUUACUGUUAUUGUUUCAAUAUUUAAAGUUUCAGAUGAAUAUAUUAGAAAAUAAAAUCAUAUUUUCGAUUCCACCAGAAUUUAAGUCUUAAAUAGAAUGAUUUUUUUUCAACUGGUCGGCUGUGUGCAUAGUGCCCAAGUAUUUGCUUAAUUUUAUCACUAGGAAAUUCUUAUCAAAAAAUAACUCAAAGAACACGUCAGAUAUUACAAACAUAAUACAGAUACUUUAUAAAUUGUAAAUACCCUAAAUUCUAAAUUGUAUUUUUAUUUUUGGGUUGAGUCGUAUAUGUUUAUAGAUUUUAAUAUUUACUGCAGGUUGAUUUUCAAAAAGAAAUUAAAAUAAUUAAAUUAAUGACCCAAUGAACGCGUUUAUUUUUUGAAAGAACGUGGACGUGAACGAGUUCCUUUUUUGAGUGCUGAACGUGAACGUGAACAAAUCAAUUUUUUUAGUUAACGUUCCGAACACUGCUUUUUUCAUUAAGUGAACAUGUCUAAUGUUUGUGUUAUUUAUUCCAUAAUAAUACACAGUGACUUAAAAAAAAAAAAAAUGUGGGGCUUAUCUUGAGCAUUUAAUUUCGAUGAUAAAAGUGUUCGUAACAUCAUACCAUAUACCGUCAAGCUUGGCCUACGAAAUAAAGAAAAUGAAGAGGUUAGCGUCACUUCUAUAGUGUUGUAGUGUGGUAGGUAGACUAAUCAAAGUCGUUGGCGGGAAUACUUUUUUUUUCGGUUACAACACCCUGCCGUUAGUGUUGAUACCUCUUGUCCAAUCGUCCAAUCAUCGUCUUUUAUUAAGUUGUCGAGAUUGUAUGUAUUUGUUCUAUUAUCUGUUGUUUGUCGUUCGAUGAUUCACUGUUUUCUUUCAUUUACUUGGAUUCCGCCUCACGGUUAACGUCUUCAACUCCGUAAACUCAUUUCAGAAAUUUUCAUUGACAAUUCUUCGAUAUGAAUCCCAGCCCAAACAAAGUCACUGAAAAUGACACAGAUUCUAGUUCUUCUUCUAAAGAACAGGAAAAUUCAAUCGUUACAAGUUGUGCAUCUCUCCCACCCGAAGAAAUGGAUGUCAACACUGAUAACUCCGAUCAUGAUGAUUCUAAACAUCAGUAUGAAGCAGAAAAAAUUAUAGGAGCUACUGAUGUUGGAGGGUCGUUGAAGUUUUUAGUGAAGUUAAAAGGAAUUGAUGAAGCAGAAUGGAUACCAGCUAUUAAGGCUAAAAAAAAAUUCCCACAAAUCGUUCUCGAGUACUAUUAUUCAUUACCAUUUGACUGGGUUAAAAAAAAAUUAAAUGACAAUGAAUAGUUAUUAUAAUACCAAUAAGGAUGACAAGUGUUCAAAAUGUGACUUUUAUUUUAUAUCAUAUCUUAUUAUAAAUGUCUUCAAUUAUUUAUUAUAAUUAUUUCAUUUUAUUAUAUAUUGCAGGUAUGCCUUACAGAUAAAUUUAUUAGUUCAUCAAUUAUUAAAUAUAUAAAUGUUAGUAAUUAAAUACUUUCAUAAAAUGUCAAUUUUUUUUUUCAUUUCAGUGAUACAGUAUAAUAAUAGUGUUCUCUUAAAAGUUGAUUGUAUAUCAGUUUAUGUUAUUAAAUAAUUAUUGGUUUUGAAAAGUUAUUUCUUAAGAGGACACACCCGUAUAUGUUGUCAGUGUCUUACAGAUGUAAAACAUAGCAAAAACUGUAUUGCACGGGAAAGAACCAAACUACAGCAAAAGUUACUAAGAAACAACAUUUUCACUACAUAAAAAAGAAAAAAUAGGCUGUGAAAUAUUGUUAUUAUUUUUAGAUAUCAUGACUAAAAAUAAAAUUAUUGAAAUUAUUGAAGAAUUGGAUUUUGUAACAAUUAGAAAUUAUAUAAGUGAUAUAAAAUAAAUAAAAACGUUAUUUCACAGAUAAUGUUCUCAACUAUGUUAUUUAUCAAUUUGGAGUCUUAACUAUCACUACACUCAAAGUGGUUCUAUCCCGUGUUAAACAGCUUUUACUUUGUUGUACAUAUAUAAGACGGAAACAACACGCGGUGUAGUGUCCUCUUAAAUGCCAAAAUAUGUUAAUUUAAGUUUAUUUAUUUGUUCAAAUGUUGGGUCUAAAUAUUGAAUACUUGUGCCUUAUUUUAAUAAUUAAAAGCAUUUUUUCACUGUAUAUUAUCUAUUAUUAUUGACAGAGCUAUAGUACCAUAUAAAAUCAUCUAGUUAUUU